AUGAAGCAAAAUGUAAUUCUGACAUUGUUUGGUUGCAGGGAGUGCGAGAGGGAUCGAGAAGGGGUGGUGGGGGAACGAGCGCCGAGUCUCAAACUACCGAACGGCCGUCUAUCUGCCCAGUCAGUGGACGAGAUCCGUGGGGGUCGGCUCGUCCGCGAUGAGAUCAAGAUCAGUCUCGAAAACACAAACACUUGCACAGAUUCUCUAGUCACAGCCCUCGACGACGAAGCCCUUCUGCUCACAGACCUCUUCUCGCAGGACAUGAGCUACGCCGGGAAAGUGCAUUUCGGCGGGGGGGACGAACUGUCCCUUUACGGCACCCCGAAGGAAGAGCCGUCCACCAUGGGGGCCGGUGGCGGUCCGGACUCCGCCGCAGCGGAUUCCGGAAAGCAGAGCUUCAUCAAGAACCAACUCCAGGCCCUCUUUCAGCCCACGGACAACAAAUUGGCCAUGAAAUUAUUCGGGAGUAAAAAAGCACUGAUGAAGGAGAGGAUCAGGCAGAAAGCCGCCGGCCACUGGGUCAUCCAUCCCUGUUCAAGCUUCAGGUGACUGUUACCCGUAGCAUAAUAUCCGGUAUCGUAGUAAGUAGGAGAAAAACCAGCCAAAUUUUCAACUUAUGAUAAUUAAGAUAAUUUAGUAAUUUAUGCACGUUAA